AUGAAAUGGGACAUGGAAAUCGAAGAUAUUGAGGCGGUGCUCGAGAAGAUUUGGGACCUGCACGAUAAGAUCAGCGACGCCAUCCACUCAAUUUCGAGAGCUCACUUCCUCAGCUCUGUCAAUGCCCUGAGACGUUCCGACAAGAAGAAGCCGCACGCCAACGACGUCGCUGUUGAUGAGAACCGAACCGGCUACGUCUACGUGAAGAACUUCCGACACGACCACGACGAUGACUCGGUGAUUCGGGAGGCCAAGAGCCUCAAUGCGAUUCGGACCGCGCUCGAGAACCUGGAGGACCAGCUCGAGUUUUUCCAUGUGCAGCAGCGGGCUGAGAGAGAUGCUGCGAUUGCACGGUUAGAGCAAAGCCGUAAGGUUUUAGCAAUGAGAUUGUCUGAACACCAUGGUAAGAAAUACCAAGUUAUUGAAGAAGCUCUUGCCUUUGUGGGAGAUGUCUGUGAUGCAAGUCGCUUCGUUUCACCUGAAAAUCUUUAUGGUCCUCCAAUCAGUCCUUCUGCUGAGAAAUUGGAAGCCUGUGAAGGGAAGAGGUCAAAUAUUAUAAUCAAAGUUCUCAUUUCAAGUAUCAAUUUUGCUAAGAAAUCCCUUAAAUUGGAUAAUAUGGGUGGAAUACUUGGCAAUGCUGGUUUGGUGGCAGUUAGCAUGAUUGCAUUGGUGCAUCUGAAUCAAGUAGCUAUGAGGGAGCAUCCACAGAAGCUGGAAGAAAACAGAAAUGCUAGAAAAACUUCCCGGGUAGAGGGGACUUCGUCGACUGCUCGAUUCAGCAACUUGGAUGUGCUAUUGGCUAGGGGUUAG